AUUCGAAAAAAAAAAUUUUAAAAGAUAUUUUUGACUCAAUUUUGUACGUUGUGAGAUUAGAUAUAAACAUACCCAGGUUUUUUUUUGGUGUAUAGAUACAAUUCAAGGCUUUCUUUCAGGUGUUCUGUUCAUACAAAUUUGUUAAAUAUUUUAACAAAAGGGGUUCUGGUUUUCUGAUAUCGAGAACCAGGUGCUCAUGAUCAAGAACAAGGACAAUAAUUUCAUCGAUUUGUUGGUUUUUUGGUAAAGAAAUCUGUUCUGGGUUGGGGGAGCUUUUUUUUUUUUUUCGUUCACCUUUUUACCAACUUUUUAAAAAAAAUCAUAUAACGGUUUGUUUACGUACGUGGCAAGAAUCUAUCGGUUGGCUGUUUCAUUCUUUGAAGAGGUUGACAUUGAUUGACGACGUUCUGAUUGGCGGUUCGAGGUAAAGGUGGUUUUUUUAAUCAUAAUAACACCUGAGGCGCGUAUGAUUUUGUUGGUUUUAUUGUGUGUUGGGGAAGGAAAAAAAAUUGAUUUUGUUGAUUUUUAUUUAUUUAUUGUUUUUGGCUGCUAUGAGGAAAUGAUAAUUAUAUUUGCUGAUAUUUGGGUGGAUAAUGAGAUUUGUUUUAAUUAACGCGUGGGAGUGAUUGAUUGACAGAUAGCUAUGAGUUGUUUCAUCAGAAAGGGUGUUCUUUGAUCUUAUUUAUAGUCACUGAGGAUCAGUUUGUUGGCCCUUUGUAAGGUUUCCUUCAUUGCAAUUCUUGUGAAUUUUGCUCUACUAGUUUUUGGCUCUGGAAUCUGUAGAUUGCAGAAUUUUAAGGUACGUUCAUGGAAAUUAUGAACUUGUUUUAGUUUAUUUGAGCAUUGAUUUGGAUUAGUCAUUUGCUCUGAGAAGGAAAAGUGAGAGUUACUUUGAUAGGUGGAUUGGUGGACAUAAUAGUUCGCUAUCUGUUCGUAGAAAUUCUGAAAUUGUAUUGUUGCUGUUGGUGAAAGUAUCUUUUGGGUGAAUUGCGCGGUACAUGGUUUAUGGUUCGAUAUGAGUGUCGAAUGAAGAUAACAUCAUGAGUAGGGGCAGUAGGAUUGUUUACAGAUGGAUCCUCCUAAUAAGAGAUUUUCCGAGAUAGUUGGUUUAGUAAAGUCGUGGCUCCCUUGGCGAACAGAGCCUGAUGUAUCGAGGGAUUUUUGGAUGCCUGAUCAUAGCUGUAGGAUGUGCUAUGAAUGCGAUUCUCCGUUCACAUUAUUCAACCGAAGACACCAUUGUAGACUCUGCGGCAGGGUUUUCUGUGCCAAGUGUACGGAGAACUCGGUUCCUGCGCCAUCUGAUGAUCCAAGGAUUCCACGAGAUGAGCGGGACAAGAUUCGGGUUUGUAACUAUUGUUUCAAGCAGUGGCAUCAGGGCAUAACUGCAGUUGAUGAUGGAGUGAUGGUGCCGACUCAGGAUGUCAGUUGUUCUCCUUCAGCCACUAGUUUCCUCAGCACUAUUUCCAGUGGAACUGCUCACAGUAGUUUUAGUCUUAGCUCUCUACCAUAUCCUGCUGGAUCAUAUCAACAAUUUCAACCGAGGUCUAUUCUUGUUGCCCAUCAACUGUCUGCAAUUAAUAAAAACAUUGAUAGGCCCAUAAAGAUAGCACCAAAGAGGAGCAAUGAUCUGACAACUGAUGCAGAAGAUGCAUCUUCAAGCCAAUUUGAGUUUUCAUUCCACAGGAGCGAUGAUGAGGAUGACGAGUUCAGCUUUUAUAUGUCUGAUUGUGACACGAAGCAUCUCUCUCUAGAAAGCGGCUAUCAUACUCCUUUUGAAUUUGAGGAUAUUAGCAAUGAUGACGGGUCAUUUAAAUUUCAUCCCAAUAAAGAAAAUAUUGAGUUCAAAAGUGUAAGCUGUUCUCCAAGAACCCACGCUUUCCCUUCACCAGCUUUGGAACGAAUAUCACAGCUUGCGAAGAAAGAUGAGCGGGAAGCUGAUGAUGAAUGCAAAGCAUCAUCUUCGGAUGGUCCUAUAGAUUUUGAAGAUAAUAAACUUCUCUGGCUCCCUCCUGAACCCGAAGAUGAAGAAGAUGAUAAGGAAGCUUCUUUCUUUGAUGAUGAUGAUGAUGAUGGAGAUUGUGAUGUUACAGGAGAGUGGGGAUUUCUUCGCACAAGCAGCUUUGGAAGUAGGAAGACUCAGUUUAAGGGUAAGUCGAGUGAGGAGCAGAAGAAAGCAAUGAAGCAUAUAGUUGAUGGACAUUUUAGGGCUUUGGUAUCUCAGCUUUUACAGGUUGAGAACCUUCCUGUGGGUGAUGAAAAUGAUAAAGAAGGCUGGUUAGAGAUCAUCACUGCUCUUUCAUGGGAGGCUGCUACGCUUUUAAAGCCAGACAGAAGCAAAGGGGGAGGGAUGGAUCCUGGUGGAUAUGUUAAAGUGAAAUGCAUAGCUACUGGACGUCGCUGUGAGAGCAUGAUUGUCAAAGGAAUUGUUUGCAAGAAGAAUGUUGCUCAUCGACGAAUGGCUACAAAAAUGGAGAAACCUCGGUUGUUGAUCCUUGGUGGAGCUCUUGAAUACCAGCGAGUGUCUAACCUACUUUCAAGUUUUGAUACUUUGUUGCAGCAGGAAAUGGACCAUUUGAGGAUGGCUGUAGCAAAGAUACUUACACAGCAACCCAAUAUCCUUCUGGUAGAGAAAUCAGUUUCUCGAUUUGUCCAGGACAACCUUCUUGAAAAGAACAUAUGCCUUGUUCUCAAUGUCAAGAGGUCAUUGUUAGAACGCGUUGCACGCUGCACAGGUGCUCAAAUUAUCCCUUCAAUUGAUCAUCUCUCUUCUCAGAAGAUGGGUUACUGUGAAAAGUUUCAUGUUCAGAGGCUCGUGGAAGAUCUUGGUUCUGCUGGACAAGGAGGAAAGAAAUUGACCAAGACAUUAAUGCAUUUUGAAGGCUGCCCAAAGCCAUUCGGUUGCACUAUAUUACUUAGGGGAGCAAAUGGAGAUGAAUUGAAGAAAGUCAAGCAUGUGGUCCAAUAUGGAAUUUUUGCAGCUUAUCACUUGGCUCUGGAGACAUCAUUUCUUGCUGAUGAAGGAGCCUCUCUGCCGGAGUUGCCUUUGACUGUGGCACAUUUGGAUAAACCAUCAAACGUGGCGAGGUUCAUAUCAACAGUUCCUGGUUUUGCUUUUCCUGCCAAUAUAAUGUCCCAGGAACAACAAACAGCUAAUAGUAUUUCCUCUUUAGAUCUACCAUCAUCAAAUGUCUUUAGUAACUUUCAGAAGAUAAAAAAAACUCCACCAUAUUAUUUACCUAAUGGUACAAGCUUGUUGUCUUCAAGCGCACCCCCUUUAGAAUUCACUGCCCUUCCACUAUCCACUUCUGGAAAAGAUAUCUCAGAUGCAUUUUCCAAGGAAAAUGAUAUGGACACCAAAGAAUCUUCAAUGAUGGAAGCUUUUGUGGAGAAAAGUCAGGGUUUCUUGAAUAAUGAUCUCACUUCUAGUAGUGUUGUACCAUUAGAAUCUUCAGGGCUAGUUUUUAGUGCACACACUGACCAAGAGAAUCAUAACAAAGCAGUUGAAAUUCAGUCAGGUGAUUCAGAGUCAUCCUCUAUGCAACAAGAUAGUAAUAACCUUAAUAACUGUCCUGAGGAGCCAAAAACUUUGAAAGAAGAAUUUCCGCCAUCUCCCAAAGACAAUCAGAGCAUUUUGGUUUCUUUAUCAUCUCGAAGCGUGUGGAAAGGGACUGUCUGUGAAAGACCCCAUCUCUUUCGAAUAAAAUAUUACGGCAGUUUUGAUAAACCUUUGGGUCGGGUUUUACGGGAUGAUUUAUUGGAUCAGAGUUACCGAUGCCAUUCAUGUGACUUGCCUUCGGAAGCACACGUUCAUUGUUAUAGUCAUCAACAAGGAACCCUCACCAUAUCUGUUAAGAAACUCUCUGAAGGUUUCUUAUCUGGUGAAAGACUGGGCAAGAUCUGGAUGUGGCACAGAUGCAUGCAAUGUCCCAGGGCCAAUGGCUUACCUCCGACCACUCGGAGAAUAGUGAUGUCUGAUGCUGCUUGGGGUUUAUCUUUUGGGAAGUUUUUGGAGCUUAGUUUUUCAAACCAUGCAGCUGCAAGCCGGGUUGCAAGCUGUGGCCAUUCUUUACAUAGAGAUUGUCUUCGUUUCUACGGAUUUGGGAGAAUGGUUGUUUGCUUUCGUUAUGCUACAAUCAGCGUCCAUUCUGUCUACCUUCCACCCUCACAAGUUAGUUUUGACUAUGAGAAUCAGGAAUGGAUACAAAAAGAAACAGAUAAGGUGGCUGACCGGGCAGAGCAUAUGUUUUCCGAAGUACUCAAUUCCCUAGGUAAAAUUACAGAAAAGUUAAUUGCCACAGUGGCACCUCAUGGUAUCGCAAAAAUGCCUGAGCUGAGACAACAAACUUCUGAACUUGAAGGAAUAUUACUAAAGGAGAAAACGGAGUUUCAGGAAUCGUUGCAAAAGGCUUUGAAAAGGGAAGUCAGAAAAGGGCAACCUGUUAUUGACAUUCUUGAAAUUAACCGGUUGAGGCGGCAAUUACUUUUCCAAUCUUAUAUGUGGGACCACCGCCUGGUUUUUGCUACCAAUUUGGAAAACUACAGCCUUCAGGACAGUGUCAGCGAUUCGACUUCAGGACAUGAGGACAAAUCCCCAACUGGUGACGAAAAGCUCAAAGACAUCGAUAUGCUGGAACUUGGAAAAAGCAAUGAAUGCUCUGACCAAAGAGAACUGAAUGGCAGCACCAAUUGGUCAGACCUGAUACAUCAAGAACCAAACACGAGUGAAAAUUUAAAUCCAGUAUCUGAAGACUGUGGUAAUCUUUCUGAUAGCCACAGCAUGUAUGACCGACUGGAUUGUGAGAAACCUAUGGAAAAUGUUCGCCGGGCCUUGUCUGAAGGCCAGUUUCCUGUCAUAGAAAAUUUGUCAGAUACCCUUGAUGCUGCUUGGACUGGCGAUAUUCAGCGAGCAGCAAUACUAGCUAUGCAACUUUCGUGUUCUCUUUCUGAUUCUGCUGCUUUUGAUAUUGGUGCUGUAGAUGCAGUAACAGAGGGGUUAGAUUUGGAUGUCCACUCUGAAGAAAAGAUUGGGCCAAAAGUUUCUCAUUCUCUUUCACCAGCAUUGUCCACUAAAGGUUCUGAGAAUUUGGAAGACGCUGUAAGCUGGUUAAAAAUGCCUUUCUUAAGCUUCUACCGUUCCUUGAACAAAAACCUUUUAGGCAAUGCUUCUAAGCUCGAUACAUUGAGUGAGUAUGAUCCAAUCUAUGUUUCUUCGUUUAGAGAGUUGGAAAUGCAAGAUGGGGCUAGAUUGCUUUUGCCAGUGGGUAUUAACGACACUGUUAUUCCUGUUUAUGAUGAUGAGCCCACAAGUAUGAUAUCAUAUGCUCUAGCAUCAUCCGAAUAUCAUUUCCAGGUAAGUGAUGAAGUGGAUGGGCCUAAAGAAAGUGGGGAUUUAACAGCUUCAGUAUCUUUAACGGAUUCAGUGAUUCAGUCGUUACUUUCUGUUGAUGAGAUGAACUUAGAUCCUCAUAGAAGUUUUGGUUCAACCGAUAACCAAACUGGAUCUCGCAACUCGAAUAUGGACCCACUUUCAUCUACAAAGUCUUUGCAUGUCAGGGUAUCUUUUGGAGAUGAUGGAUCGUCUGACAAAGUGAAAUAUACUGUUACAUGCUAUUAUGCGAAGCGAUUCGAAGCAUUAAGGAGAAUGUGUUGCCCAUCAGAGCUAGAUUUCAUAAGGUCUUUGAGUCGUUGUAAGAAGUGGAGCGCACAGGGUGGCAAGAGCAACGUUUUCUUUGCAAAAACCUUGGAUGAUCGGUUUAUCAUUAAACAAGUCACGAAGACAGAGUUGGAAUCAUUUAUAAAAAUUGCAUCUGGAUAUUUCAAGUACUUGUCUGAAUCAAUUGGUUCUCGAAGUCCGACAUGCCUGGCAAAGAUUCUCGGUAUUUAUCAGGUUACUGCAAAGCAUCUUAAAGGUGGGAAAGAGGCAAAGAUGGUUGUUCUGGUAAUGGAGAAUAUUCUGUUUAGAAGAAAUCUCACUCGGCAAUAUGAUCUCAAAGGAUCUAGAUCUCGUUAUGUUCCCAGCUCUGGUGGAAGCAACAAGGUUCUGCUAGAUCAGAACUUGAUUGAAUCAAUGCGGACUUCCCCGAUUUUCGUGAGUAGUAAAGCAAAGCGGUUAUUGGAAAGAGCAAUCUGGAAUGACACUGCUUUUCUUGCAGCAAGCGAUGUGAUGGAUUACUCGUUACUGGUUGGAGUGGAUGUAGAGAAGCAAGAGUUAGUUGUCGGAAUUAUUGAUUUCAUGAGGCAGUAUACCUGGGACAAGCAUCUCGAAACUUGGGUGAAAGCUUCAGGCAUUCUCGGUGGACCAAAGAAUGCAUCACCAACCGUAAUUUCACCAAAACAAUACAAGAAAAGGUUCCGGAAAGCAAUGGCAACUUAUUUCCUAAUGAUCCCAGAUCAGUGGUCUCCUCCUCCCAGUUCUGACAUAUCUCUGUCAGAUAGAGGCGAAGAGAACGAACAACACGAGACCUCCAUUAAGUGAUUUCAGGAGCGAAAAUCUGGGAGUUUGAACUCUCCCAUUCUGUUUUUAUUUUUUUUGUUAAUAUGAUUGGUUUCCAUUUUUUCCAUUCUUUUAGAGGGUAAUUUUUGUUUUACACAACAAAAGAGAAGUUACAUUAAAAAUUUUUGCUAGGCUUUUCAAAGCCAUGGGAAUUUCUGUCAGAGGUCAAAUAUUUAAUGACCCCUGCAUGAAUUUUUUUUGUACGAAAUAUUUAUUCUUGUAUUUAGCUUAUAGAUAAUAUAUUAGACUCUUUUGUGAA